AGUACUAUAUUGUUAAUAUUGUUUAAUAUAGUUUUUUUAAAUUACAAUUUAAUAUUUAUGUACUUCGUUAUGUAUGUAGAAAAGAAGUUUGUGUAAUGCGUUUUCGAUUUUUGCGUCGUCUACUCAGUACUCGUCUCUUGUGUGUUAGUGACGACUGACGACCGGGACACUGAGUACUGACGAAACUAAUAAAUAUAGGUAGCGAUUCUUAAUAUUUAUGUAGAUUGCGUACCACCAUAUCCCAGUUGCAGUUCUAGUUCGACAAUAAUAACAUUGAUAUUAUAUAAUAUAAUAAUAUUAUUAUUGACCAUCAAUAUGUCCAAAUCUAAGGAGGACGACGUCAAAAUCCCGGAUGUGAUUAUUGACACUAAGAACCACAAGAAGUAUAAGAAAUGCAGCUUUCUAGGAAAGGGUGGUUUUGCAAAAUGCUAUGAAAUUAUUGAUAUGAAAACCAAGGAGGUAUUUGCAGGAAAAAUUGUGUCGAAAAAAUAUCUUUUGAAACAUAAUCAAAAAGAUAAAAUGACUCAAGAAAUAUUUAUUCACAAGGUAUUGAAUAACAAAAACAUUGUUUCUUUUCAAAGUUUUUUUGAGGAUAAGGAUUUUGUCUAUAUUGUUUUGGAGCUUUGUCGAAAAAGAUCUAUGAUGGAGCUUCACAGGAGAAGGAAAACACUUACUGAACCUGAAACUCGUUACUAUAUGCAUCAAAUUCUCCAAGGUACAUUAUAUUUACAUCAACAAAACAUUAUUCAUCGGGAUCUGAAGUUAGGAAAUUUAUUCUUAAAUGAUGAAAUGGAAGUUAAAAUAGGGGAUUUGGGUUUAGCUGCAAAAAUUGAAUUUGUUGGACAGCGUAAAAAAACAUUAUGUGGUACUCCAAACUAUAUUGCUCCAGAGAUUCUCAGUAAAACAGGUCAUAGUUUUGAAGUGGAUGUAUGGUCUAUUGGUUGUAUUAUGUAUACACUGUUAGUUGGAAAACCACCAUUUGAAACAAACUCUUUGAAAGAAACAUAUGCACGAAUUACACGAUGUGAUUAUAAUAUACCUUCUCAUUUAAAUAAGAAUGCUAGAACACUUAUUGAAAAAAUGCUUCAAUUUGACCCUAAAAAACGUCCUCUAGUUUCUGAAAUAUUGAAAGCUGACUUCUUUACUAUUGGUUAUAUGCCUAAAAAGUUGCCGCCAUCUUGCCUAACUACGGCACCUCGUUUUGAUUCUAUCAAUUAUAGAGAAUCAAUUUCUAAUCGUAGACCACUAAUUGAACUCAACAGUCCGAAACCUGCUGUUAAUAAAUCUGCUUCAAAACCUCAAGACCCAGGUUUAAAACGUCCAAUGUUUACUGUGCCAAGCAGACCUUCCGUUGAAAAUGGUGUAUCUACAAUUGAUUGUAAUGAACAUUUGAUUUCUCUUGAAAAAGAAUUGGAAAGUUUAUUAAAUCAAAAACCAUCUAAGACUAAAAUGAACAAUAUGGAAGAAACCACUGAUCCAGUUGCUCAACCUCUCAUUUGUGUCAGUAAAUGGGUUGACUAUUCUGAUAAAUAUGGAUUUGGUUAUGAAUUAUCCGAUGAUAGUGUAGGGGUCAUGUUUAAUGAUUUUACCCGAAUUGUACUAUUGGCUAAUUUAAAGGAUGUCCACUAUAUAGAAAAAAAUGGCUUUGAACAAUACUAUACUAUUGACCAAACACCACCGACAUUGGAAAAGAAAAUUAAGUUGUUGAUGUACUUCAGGCGAUACAUGGAUGAUCAUCUUAAUAAAGCUGGAGAGGAUUUAUUAGCUAAAGAUGCAGAUCAAUUGAGUCGUACUCCAUAUCUGUACCAGUGGUUUAGAUCUACUUCGUCAGUUAUUAUGCAACUCACAAAUGGGACUCUACAAAUUAACUUCACAGAUCAUACAAAAGUCAUAUUGUGUCCACUAAUGAAAGCUGUGACGUUUGUUGAAGAAAAUAUUUUUCGUACAUACCGUUUCAAUACAAUUGUGGAACAUGGCUGUAGUCCUGAAUUUGAAAAAUGCUUACGUUAUGCUCACAAGAAAAUUGGCUUUAUAUUGAGAAAUAACAAAUAAUAAUUUACUUUUGGAGUACUAAUUUAUGUUUAAAAUUUAAAAGUUAAAAUCAAGAGGCAUUAUAUAUAUAGGUUGUAAACAAUUUUUGUUAUAAAGAUGUAUUAUACUUAAGCUUAUUAUUUUUAUUAUUAAAUACAAUU